AUGACAACUGCACAGCCGGUGCAUCACUCUGGCCCCGAUAGUGGUAUACCCGGCCAUCUCGUCAACCAUCUUCCUCGCUAUCAUCCCAUUGCCAUGAAUCCGAAUCCGCCUCCACACCAAAUGCCACCUCCGGAGCAGAUGGUGCAGAGCCACCAUUUCCGUCAUUUCGCGCCGCCCAUGCAUGAACAUCAUCCCCCGCCGGGAGUACCACCUGUACACAGUCCAGCUUCUUUGGAACAUAUUGAAGCUCGACUCCGGCAUCUAGAGCACGAGGAAAUGGCCCGGAAUGCAACCCGUAGUCGCAUUUUAGCAAUGCGUAAGCAUGAAGACGAGGAAUUUCGGUCAAUGACGGAGCGAGCCGAAGCAGAGGAAGAGGACCUUCGAAGACAACGCAAGAAGUUAAAGAGAGAGUCCAUGGGCCUGGGGCUCAAUGCCGCGGGUGACUCGCCGCCUCUACGGCCCACACCACCUCGCCGAUUAUCAGAGACCAGUGCAGCAACAACAUUGGCUUUCUUCAAACAGCAGAGUCCCCCCGAGCCCCGUCAAGCACCUCUUCCACCUUCAUCUCAGGCACCACCCCCCUCGAUGCCACCACCCCAUAUGCACGCCCAACCUCAUCAUCAAGCUCCCCCGCCUCCCCCACCAUCUCAACAUCAACACCCAAUGCUUCCCCAUGAGUCAAUACACAGCGCGGGCUCCAUCCGCCGCAAGCAAAAAUACACCAUCAAAAAUGUAGAAGCAUGGGGCGAACGCCACGGCCGCCCAGCAGCCCACGACCCAUCCGGGCGAGCGUUGUGGAAGCGACCCUCUGACGGAAGUCUAGUAUAUCUCACCUGCCCGAUCCACGGCUGCGGGAAAUCCGACUUCGUCACCCUGCACGGCUUCAUGUGCCAUCUCACCAAGAAACACAAAGACCGAACUCUGGGCAGCCAGUCCCGCGCUCUCGAAGUCUGCGGUGUAGUCUACGACCCGAACGCUCCGCUCCCGCCAGUCAUGAACAGCCACCGGGCCUCAACAGAAGGAAGCCCAUUGGGCUCUAUUGCCAUGGACCACGACGGCGACCGGCACUACGAGGACAUGGACUCGGAUUCCGAGGGCGAGCUCGAACGCGAAGGCUCCUACCAAGUGAAAACCGAAGUUCUAGAUCGGUUCAUGCCCGACGCAGAGGGUACGCCCAUCGAGUCUGCUGCGGCAACACCACCAAAGCAUGUAGUCAACGGAUCAACCAAGCAGUCCAUCUCGUCUAUUAUCGACCGCACACCUGAAACAGAAAGAGAGGUGUUGGCGACACUUCCACCAUCAGAGUCUGGUAUCCAGGGUCCAUCACCUACACCGACUGAGUCGUCUGUGCCGUCGAAGCGCAAGUACGAAUUCUCGCCGCCAGCGGCGGAAAAAGAAAAUGCGGAGCCUUAG